AUGUCGGAUUCACUCUCUGACGCGGACAAGAUCCGCAACAAGCGUCUUGCCAAGCUCUCAAACCCGACGCCAUCCUCAACGACCGAUGGCGCUGCCGAUUCAUCUGCGAACGCCUCGAGCCCCUCCCCCGCCCGGUCGCCGUUGCCCGCGCAGAAGUCAUCCGAGCCACAAAGCGGGCCGGCAUCCACGACACAAACACCACAGCCCUCGGAAGGCAAGCGAAUCAAGAUUACUCCUGCGACUAUUGCUUCAGAGAAGCCUCACUCUCCCGCACCCUCCCCCGGAACCCCUCCACCUGCAAAGCAGGAGAGCAUCGAGUCUUUUGAAGACCGUACAUUGGGCGCAGUGUUCAGGCUGGCCUUGAAACAGGGUGCGCAGCAUGAUAUUAAUGGGCAGCGGAUAUUCCUCCCUGGGCUGCAGAACGAGUUGCAAAGCGAGGGCAAAGAACUACUUAUCCAAACGGCGAUCUUGGACCAGGCGCUGCUGGAGGCUGCAUCGACUACGGAGCAGCAGCGUCCACUGGACUAUUUGCUGCCUUGCUGGAAACGCAUCACCAAACUUCACAAGGGAUUCCGGCGGGCACGAGACGAUGACCCGAAGUUUCAGGUACUAUGCGAGGCGCGACGUCUCUGCAUGAGCUACUGCAUUUUCGCCAUUACGAUGCCGGAGAUGUUCGGGUUGGACUCUCCCGAACGCUCUCCGUUGGCUUCGUAUCUACUAUUGGACCCGGAGGAUGACAAGGGCAUCGAUUUUGAAUUUAUCAGCGAGGCCGUGAAGAGGUUUGAUGAGGAUGAGAGUGUCAAGCCUGCAUUCAUCUCAGCAGUAGAGGAGUUGAGCGCCGAACUAUCCUCUAAAAACGCCAAUGACGACUACAAAUCAUAUUGCACGGCAUUGCGGAACCUCGUCCGCCAUUCCGCCAUUGCGGCCGCGAUUACAGAAUCUUCCAUCUUCAAUGCCUCGAGAGACCCGGCUCAGUUCGAAAAGGUCACUCUUUUGGGACCGUGGUUCCGUCUAUCGCCCCUUCAAUCCAACGUGACAAUGUCAUUCUUCUCCAGUCCAAAGACCAGAGACCAGGGGUACAUUCUGACUGCCCAGCGAUCUCUUCGCAUGACGCAACAAAUAAUUAGCUCGGAUCUUCUCGAUAUAAUCAACCAUAUGAUUCGUGCUUCGAAAGAGGCUCGGGAUCAAGUUCUGGACUGGUUCGCGACGGCGAUGAAUAUCAACCAUAAGCGACGGGCCAUGCAGGUUGACCCGACACAAGUCUCGUCUGAUGGAUUUAUGUUUAAUAUCACCACGUGUCUGGAUCAGCUUUGUGAACCGUUCAUGGAUGCAAGCUUCACCAAAAUUGACCGAAUUGAUGCGGAGUAUCUCCACCGGGAUUCCCGAGUGGAUAUGCGUGAUGAGACCAAGAUCAACGCAGAUCAACAUGCUUCAGAUGCUUUCUAUUCCAAGAAGGCUGAUGGCAAUUCCAACUUCAUCACGGAGAUCUUUUUCUUGACUGUUGCCGCCCAUCACUACGGCAGUGAAUCAUUAACAUCCAAGUUAGAUCAGCUUGAGAAAGACCUGCGACAGAUCGAAUCUACCAUCACCAAGUUCGAGCUUGAGCGGCACAAGUGGGCCGCGAACCCCAUGCAGCUGCGCGUGUACGAGCAGGCCCUCAAAAAGUACAAGGACAAGCUUGACCUGGGCCUUGCGUUGAAGUACAGUCUACAGGGUGUGCUCUUUGACGAUCAGUGGCAGGCUCGCUCGAUGCUUUUCAUGCGGUAUGUCACCGUCUGGUUGUUGAGACUCGUUUCGGGAGUAGACUUCCCAAAACAAAAAAUAUCUUUGCCUCUUCCCGAGGAGCAGCCCGAGGUGUUCAAGUGCUUGCCAGAGUACUUCCUAGAGGACAUUGUGAGUAACUUCAAGUUCAUCAUGUGGUGCAUGCCUCAAAUCAUCACCGCCACCCAGGGGGAUGAGCUUGUGAUGCUGUGCAUUACAUUCCUGGAGAGCUCAGAAUACAUUAAGAACCCGUACCUGAAGGCCGGGUUGGUUUCGAUUCUAUUCCGAGGAACUUGGCCUCGCCCCGGUGGCGCAAGCGGUGUCCUUGUAGACCUGCUCAAUUCAAUGCCGUUUGCCAACGAAUAUCUCCUGCAUGCUGUCAUGAAAUUCUACAUUGAAGCAGAACACACUGGCACGCACACUCAGUUUUUCGACAAGUUCAACAUUCGCUAUGAGAUCUUCCAGAUUAUCAAGUGCAUCUGGCCCAACACGCUGUACCGUGAAAAGCUGUCCAUCCAGGCCAGUCAGAACUUGGACUUUUUUGUCCGCUUCGUCAACCUCCUUCUCAACGAUGUGACGUAUGUGCUCGACGAGUCCUUUGGCGCAUUCAAGACCAUAAACACCACCCAGGUUGAGCUUGCCCGGGAAGGUAACUCGAUGGAUCAGAAUACUCGACAGCAGCGUGAAGAGCACUUGGCAUCUGCCCAGAGAAGUGCCAAAUCCUACAUGCAGUUGACCAACGAGACGGUUGCCAUGCUCAAGCUUUUCACAGAGGCGCUGGCAGAUUCAUUCACCAUGCCGGAGAUUGUCCAGCGUCUGGCAGACAUGCUGGAUUACAACCUCGAUGCCAUGGUGGGUCCGAAAAGCUCCACCUUGCGUGUCGAUAACCUGCAGGAAUACGGAUUCAACCCGCGAGCUCUUCUUAGUGAGAUCACCGACGUGUACCUGAACCUGAUGGACAAGCCAAACUUCAUCACGGCGGUUGCUCGUGACGGACGCUCUUACAAGCCCGCAAACUUUGAGAAGGCUGCAGAGAUCCUGCGCAAGUGGUCGCUGAAAUCACCGGAAGAAAUGCGCCGCUGGAAACAGCUUCAGAAGAAGGUUCUAGAGGCUAAAGCGCUCGAUGAACAAGCCGAGGAGGAUUUGGGCGAGAUUCCUGACGAUUUCCUUGAUCCUCUUAUGUACACCCUCAUGGAAGACCCUGUCAUCUUGCCGAACUCCAAGAUGUCCAUCGAUCGUGCCACCAUUCGCUCGCACCUGCUCAGUGAUCCCCACGAUCCCUUCAACCGUGUCCCAUUGAAGAUGGAGGACGUGAUACCCGACACGGAGCUCAAAGCCAAGAUCGACGCAUUUGUCAGUGAAAAGACUGGCAAAAAGGUACCAGCACUGGAACAGAUGGACACAACGGCUGGCUAAGAUAGUUGCUGGAUGUAUAUAGUUCUGAGAUCCAAUGCAAAU